CAUGGUAAUUUUGAAGGUUGAUGAGGAAAGAGAAAGGUCAGUUGCUGUGUAGGUUACAUGUAUUUUUGGAGUUCUACGUCAAGACAAUGGGUGGAGAUGUGUUACUUAAUAUAUACAAGUGGGUGUUACGUUUGUGACAGGAGCUCAUCACCGUUCUUGGAGCUAUUCUAAAAGUAAAUAUGCUUAGCUUGGCUUUUAGUAUAAGAAUCCAUGUGGUGUGAGUAGCUAGCUAGGAAACUCUGGGGUCACCCGACCCUACAGGGAGAUGGGGGUAGGAAGCCCACCCAGCAGGAAGCUUUCUCUAUGGAAGCCGAGCAGAAAGACGUACCAUCAUACCAUCAUAACAUCUAUUUCCUCCUUCUGAAACCUUCUGAAAUUACCAUCUUGCCAUGUGUUAUCAGCUGUCUUUAUUACAAAAGGGAACGACUACUCCAACUUUUCUCCGAACCACAACCGGUAUUGGAACAACUCUACCUACUGACACUGCCAAAGUGCUUACAUAUAUACCUACAUCACCUGAGAUCAAAGAAAACACAGGAACAAAGUAUGAAACCACUAAUACACCCUCUACCACACCAACCACAACUAAACCAACUACCACCACCGUCCCAGCAAUCAAAACAUCUACUAUAGGUAAAGGAUCCUGUGAACACAUUCCAAAUAAUUUAAAGCAAUUCCACACUCUAAUGCGGAUUUCAGGUGUUCUGAGAUGUGUGUCUGAUUGUGAUCCAGUGUCUCCUUAUCAUUUCAACUGUAGCUCAGGCUCCUGUAAUAUUCUGAGAACUGGUCCCCGAUGCUUGUGCCCCGAGACAGACCUCUACAUAUAUACAGAUGACCGGUGCGGCGGGAGGAUAUCGAAGCUCGGCCUGUUUAUUGGAGUGGGAGUCGCUUUUGCUGUCCUUCUCGGUGUCACCAUCACUCUGGGAAUCUAUCUGUACAAAACAAAGCGCCAAGCAGCUCAACAGAAAGAUUCAUUCUAUCAGUCUAUUGAAUAG